AUGGCAAAGGAAGCCGCCCCCAGAACCGGCCUGGCCGUCGGCAUCAACAAGGGCCACACAGAGGCCGUCAAUGGCGUCGGACGACAGGACGACAGCGACAACGACGACAAUGGGCGAUGGACAAUGCAGGGACGUGAUGGGCGCGUUGAGAAUUUAUUGAAGCGCGUUGAGGGAUACCAGCUGCCAUGUUUUGUAUUCGCACCGGAUAUCCUCCUGCGAAAAACCACCCCCCGCGUUGUCAAGCCCCGUGUGUCCCGCACCAAGGGCCACCUGAGCAAGCGCACCGCUUUCGUCCGCGACAUCGUCAAGGAGGUUGCUGGCCUCGCUCCCUACGAGCGCCGUGUUAUUGAGCUGCUGCGCAACAGCAAGGACAAGCGCGCACGCAAGCUGGCAAAGAAGCGGCUCGGUACCUUCGGCCGUGCCAAGAGAAAGGUGGACGAGCUCACCCGGGUGAUCGCCGAGUCGCGCAGACAUUAA